CGAGGCGAGAGGAAGAUGGCGCCGGCCGGGCUGCUGGCCGCCGGCUGCUUGGCGUGCAGGGCUGUGGCGGUCGCGGGGCCGCGGGGGCCGCAGGUCCGAGGAGCUGCAGGUGUGAAUGAUGGAAACGAAGUGACCAAGGCCCAGCAGGCAGCUCCUAGGGGAACAGCCCCAACCAUCUUCUCUAGGAUCCUGGAUGGAAGCCUUCCAGCUGACGUUCUGUAUGAGGACCAGCAGUGUCUCGUGUUCCGUGAUGUGGCUCCUCAGGCUCCUGUGCACUUCCUGGUCAUUCCCAAGAAGCCCAUUCCUCGGAUUAGCCAGGCUGAAGAAGAAGACCAGCAGCUUCUAGGACACCUUCUCCUUGUGGCCAAGAAGACAGCAAAGACUGAGGGGCUGGGAGAUGGAUACCGACUUGUGAUCAAUGAUGGGAAGCUGGGAGCACAAUCUGUGUAUCACCUGCACAUUCACGUACUUGGGGGCCGACAGCUCCAGUGGCCUCCAGGUUGAACCUACCAACUGACCAAGGACCCUGUGCCUGGAUGAUUGGAUGGGGGAGAAGGAAAGGGACCCUGUGAUCUAAUAAACUUGCUCUCCCUCAA